CGUCCACCCGCCGCGUCGGAACACCCACGGCGGGCGGAUGCCUCACUGGGGACGAGGCUCAAAUCCCGAUACAAGACCACUUCGACCACAGUUUGCGAGAUUGUCGCCCUUGGACUGCGCGAACAUUGGAUCGUCACCAACUUCGAAAACUAGAAACGAAAUCAAUUGACGCUGGCCAUCAUGUCCCGGGCCUCGAAACUCACACUUGCAGCGACCUCGAUCUUCGCUGCUAGCACCAUCGUCAUCGUCCAUUUUCAACAAAAAUUCGAGAAAGAGGCCAUGCACCAAGGUGUUGUUCGGGACAUUGAACAGCAGCGAAUCAAGCGUGAACGCCAACUCGACUUCGACAUGCAGCGCGCUCUCGAAGAAGAGUAUAAGCGAGAGCAGACGGUCCGAGAAGCAACAGCGCCGAUACCACCUAGCACUGGUCGGUAGCAUCGGUAUUGACAUCUCACUUCGCCAUGGUGACGACGUCGGCGUGUUGGCCAGGAGCAGACCUGGCCUCUUGCGAAACAUACUGCAUGUUAGGGGAUGUAGAUGACCGAGGACCUGAGGAAGGAACGGAAAGGAAAAUGGAAGACAGGAAGAGAGAGAGAGAGAGAGAGAGAGAGAGAGAGAGAGAGAGAGAGAGAGAGAGAGAGAGAGAGAGAGAGAGAGAGAGGCCUCAGUGAUUCGACUCAUCAGAUGAGAAGAGGAACUGAGCACACUGACAGAUAUCGGCUCCAAGCAAAACUGCUCUCAUCUUAUUCUAGCGUCACCAUUCAAAGCAACUCACUAGCAUGGCAACCUGGUUGGGCCAUGACUGUGAUGGCAUCAGAUACGUCACGCAUCCGGGACGAUCAGGUUGC